CACCGCUCUUUUCCACACAGAAAUGGCGGCCUCCACAUUGGGAGCAGCAUGGUUAGUGAAUGAAAGUGAUAAUUUAGAAAAGAAAAAACCCAAAAGGAUUGUCAAACACAAGAAAAAAGCUUGGCGAGUUACUGCAAUCGAAGAUGUUGAAAGAUACUUGGAAAGUAAACGACUCGACGAACGACUUGGAGCUCCGUUUGAAGAGCGUCCGAGUGACAGUCUUUUCGUUGUUGACACAAAGGCCAUAGCUGACAAACCUGCAAAGAGUGAGCCAACCAGAAAACGAAAACUUAAAGAAAUUGGACCUCUGAAAUGCUACGCCAUUUUAACACCCAACUCUGCUGUUCAGGAUCCUUUAAAGUCAAGGAAUCGUGUACGUCUACCAGAAGAAAGAGGAGACCCACUUCUCAGAAAGGUCAUGGAGGAGAGAAGAGCCAGAGGGAAAAUUGCAACUCAUUUUGUUCAGUCUAUGAAGCAUCACCAAGAAAAUGUAGAAGCCCUGGCUAACAAGAAGAAACCGGAGAGGCUGAGGACGACUUUUGACUUUGACAUUUGGGGAGAAGCUGGUGACUAUUUGAUGAUUGGGGACAAGAAAGUUUCAGCACUUGACCUGUCAGACCCAUUGAAGACCUACACAAUGGAGAAAAUAGGAAAACGAAUCUACGGCCGGCCAAAAUCUAUGUUCUCGAAAACGACUGGCCUUAAACAAGUGGAAGUUCCCCAUCCAGGAACUUCUUACAAUCCAACUUUCCAAGAUCAUCAAGCCUUACUGAAAGAAGCUUACGACGUUGAGGCCAAAGAGAUAAAACAAGAAGUUAAAACCCGACGAAGACUGGGCCCCAUGCUGAAGAAGAUUCCCAUUCAAAGAAAAGAAGAGCAAUGGUGGUCAGAGAUGACUCAAGGAUUAGGCGAGGAAGAAGAACCAGCCAAUGGAGCGGAAGUGGAAGUCCCCUGUGUGCGUCCGACCAAGCCCAAAACUCGCAGACAGAAAAUCAGAGCCAAGGCUCUCAAGUGGCAAGACAUGCGUCGUAUGAAACUCAAGGAAGCUAAAAAGCGCCUGCUUGAAUUUGACCGAUUGAGAUCGAUUCGUCGCGAAAUCCGUAAAUCUGAAGAACUGACUGUCAAACGAAUGGAAACCCGAAAGAAGGAGAAGGAGGCCAAGAUGUUUAAGCCGGCCAUGCUUGGCAAACAUAAAUACGAGCCUCCACAGAUUGAAGUCAAUCUGAGCGAAGAGAUCGUUGGCACAUUACGUGGACUCAAAACUGAAGGCCAUGUUUUGAUCGACCGGUACAAGUCCCUCCAGCGACGCAACAUUAUCGAGCCGCGUAUUCGCCAGACAGUCGUGUACAAGUACAAGCAUAAAGUCUUUACGAAGCGCAGCCACUCUGAACCCAAGGGUCUUAAAGUGGGCAAGCGUAACAACAUCCCCGUACAAUGAAUCAAUUUGUAAUGCGAAUGACACGGUUGCUAUUUCAAUAAAGAAAAUAUGCCGAC